AUGGUCAACGACAGCCAGUACCAGCACCUGAUAUCCUGGAACUUCUCGGGCACGUCGUUUGUGGUGUGUAACAUCAUGGAGUUCUCGCGCGAGCUGCUUCCCAAGCACUUCAAGCACAACAACUUUUCGAGCUUUGUGCGCCAGCUCAACAUGUACGGCUUCCACAAGGUGAACAAGUCGCCGCGCGGCCACCGCACCAUGGCUGAGAACCAGAUCUGGGAGUUCUCGCACCCAAAGUUUAUCCGCGACCGCCCCGACUUGCUCGAACAGAUUAAGCGCAAAACAAUGGAAUCCGAGUCCCUGCGCCGC